AAAUCAAAUCAAUCUCCAAAUGUCAAAAUACUGUGAUGGACUGUGAAUUGUUUGUUUGUAAGGAAAAAAAACACGUUAGAAAGUAAUAACAAGACAUAAAAUAAUAGCUAACAAACAAUUGGAAAUCAGGAGCAAUAUCUUUACAAAAAUACUGAUUAUAUUUACCAGUCAUUGAGGCAUUAUUCAUCUAAGUGGUUAGCCUUGAAGUAGAUGUCAUCUAUUAACUUAAAUGAGUGUUGUUUAUUUUACAUUUUAGUGAUAUUAGACGCGUAUUCACGAUUAUAUGGCUUUGAAGUUUGACUUAUGUUUUACAAUAAUUCGGAAGAGGCAUGUUUUAUCCACGGAAUCGGGAGAAAGGUGCAGGUUUAGUAGUUGUAAGCUGGACUUACCUGGUCGUAAUCAGCGCCGCAUACGCCGCGGUCCCGCUGCCCUGCGAUAAAACUCGAAGAGUGUUCACUGAGCCCAGCGGCAUCAUCACUGAUGGCCCCAACACCUCCAACUACACUCAAGAUUCUCAUUGUGAAUGGCUUAUUAAAGCAGCAAAUAAAAGUCAAUUUAUAACAUUGAGUUUUAUUCGUAUGGGCACAGAAUGUUCCUAUGACUAUGUGUUUGUUUAUGAUGGUGAUUCCUUUGAUGCCCCACUACUUGGAAGUUUUAGUGGAAAAACUGAACCGCAAAAUGUUACUGCAUCUAGUGGUUAUAUGCUAAUUCUUCUCUACAGUGACACAAACUAUGUAUUAGAUGGAUUCCAUGCUAUGUACGCCAUUCAUAACUGCCCCAACAACUGUACAGGGCAGGGUGAGUGUGUUGCUAAUAAAUGUUUUUGUGAAGGAAAGUGGGGCGGACCUGACUGCAGUGUGAAGUUAUGUCCUAAUGAAUGCUCAAAUAAUGGCCACUGUAAAGGAGACAGAUGUAUUUGCAAGAAGGGUUAUUCAGGAGAGUCCUGUUCCCUCAAGAGUAAGGAUAAAGAGGGCAACAGCUGGCACUGGCUUUCUCGGACUGAAAGUGGGAUGACCCGUAGAGCAGCCCACUCUGCAGUCUAUGUGAAUCAUACUGACUCACUCUAUGUGUUUGGAGGAUAUGAUCUAAAUAAAGUUCUAGGUUUAUUGGAGGUUUAUAGUUUUUCAACUAGUCAAUGGUAUGAUGAAAAUGGAAAGGUUGUUCGAAGAUAUCCAACAAAUGAAGAGAUUGAUAAAUUAUUACUGAGUCACUUUAGAAAGGGAUUUGUGGAUGAUAGCUGGCAUAUAGGAAAUAGGAGCUCUUUAUUUACUCUAAUUUUAUCAUCAUUCUCAAACAAUGACAAGACUAUGUUACCUCUUAUGUAUUCUCCAACGCCAUAUUCAGAAAGUUAUUUACAUUUCACUGAUAGACCUGAAAUGCUAAGCUCAAUGAAAUCGAAUUAUACCAAACCGGAACCUCGGUAUGGUCACUCUGCAUGCGCGUUUGAUGUUGGCUUUGUAAUAUAUGGCGGGAAACUGUCUGAUGGAAGUCUGUCAUCGGAACUGUGGUUGUUUGACGCUAUCGCCAGUCGAUGGACAUUACGAGCAGUGAACUCCAGUUUUACGCCUCCUGGUCUAACCCGCCACACCCUAACCGCCGUCAAAGAUGAGUUAUACCUAUUCGGUGGAAGCACUGUGGAGGGUGAAUUCUCUUCAAGCAUGUAUAAAAUUAAACUAGGUGAUGUACAAACAGAAACAUGGGAAAAAGUACAAGUAAGAGGUGGAAAAGAAUUGGAUGUGCGUGUUGUGGCCCACACAGCAGUUUACCACUCCCAUUCUAAUUCUAUUCUUAUUUACGGUGGUGUGGUGGCUAGUGUUGCCAGGUUUUCGAAGCUGUCCGAUAGAAUGUUUGCAUUUGAUAUAGAUUAUAAACAUUGGAGUGAAAUACAUUAUCCUAGAGCGCAUUUGCGUGACACAUACGUACCGCGUGAAAGGGCUUUUCAUACAGCGACAGUCAUUGGAAAUUAUCUGGUAAUAUUUGGAGGAUACUCCCAUAGGCAUAACAGGGAAGAAAUUUGUUACGACGGCCAAAUGUAUAUAUACCACCUAGGUUGUCAUUCGUGGAUACCCCUGGAUGUUUUAGGGAAAUCCCCCAAGUUUUAUCCAAAAAAACAAGGCGUAUUUGCUCAUGCUGCAUCUUUGAAGCCGCCUUCUACUCUAUUGAUAGCUGGAGGUUAUCACGGAAAUGUAAACGGUGACUUGUUAGCGUACGUUAUUCCGAGUUGGCAAGCUGGUAUCACCAAUGACAACCCGGAGUCAGUAUGUCCUCGUCAUCAGACACAACCGGAAUGCCUGGCCGAUCCUGAGUGUGGCUGGUGUUCUGCUGAUGAUAUUUGCUACGGAAGGACGAUAGGUUCUAACUGCACGACAAACCUGCAGUCAAUAAGAUGCGGCGGCAUUUGUCCAGCGCUGGGCGACUGCCACUCCUGCCUGAUCCACGGGCCCUCGGUGGGUGAGAACAGCACCAGGGCGCUUCUACCUUCUGUUAGUUCCAAGCUAGGACUGUACAAAUGUAGCUGGUGCGUUCAAAAUGCGCGCUGUCACCAUAAAAAUGAUAAUUACGGCGUUUGCGGUGAGGAUACACCUUCGGAAAACCCCGGAUGGUGGGGAAGCACCGGUACUGAAGUGACCACUCCAGAUCAAUGUAAAUUGUUGGACAAACGGCCGGGAUUGACCUUCCUGCGAUACCAACAGCCGGCCGAUUGGAACCACCCGGACGGUGUUUCUAUUGUCAACGCUACAACCGUAGACUGGGGUACUGGAGGCGGCAGCAAUCAAAUAUUCCAAGGUCCAAGUGAAGCUAGACUAAGAGGGUGGCUACACAUUCCGCAGUACUGGAACGGAACGGGAGAAACGUUGCACAUUUGCGCUGGAUAUUCGAACAUAUCGCUGACGUUGGGAGAAAACAGCGGGUCUGUGGCGAAUCUGACCGCGCAGCCGAGCGCCUGCUCGCCGGUGGACUGGCCGCCGCUGUUCCCGGGCCGACUGCUGGUGGACAUGCACGCUAAUGACUCGUUGCAUACUGGACUCUAUCCAUCCCAUCAUCACGCGAAAAUGGAAUUGCUUCAUAAUAAAUCUCAGGAAAGUGCCAAGGUGUUUACAUUCGAGUUUUUGGAGCCAUAUUCAAAUGGGCAGUGUUCCAACUACGGCAACUGUCUCCUGUGCCUGGCGGACGCGGCGUGCGGGUGGUGCGAGCUGACGGAGCGCUGCGAGCCGCGGCUGGCGGACGAGCGGCUGGCGUGCGCGGCCGGCGGCGAGUGGCGCUACCUCACGCUGCAGCCCGCCGCCUGCCCCAACUGCUCCAACCACAUCAGCUGCGAGCGCUGCGUGGCCGGCGGGCUGUGCGAGUGGUGGGCGGACGAGGCGCGCUGCGCACGCCGCGGCCGAGCGCGCGGCGCCGUGUUGCUGCCCGCGCGCUGCCCCGCGCCCUGCCGUCUGCGUCGCGACUGCCGCCACUGCCUCGACGAGCGCGGCCGCUGCGUCUGGUGCGAAGCCACUCGCCAGUGCUUCAGCUUCAGCGUCUACACCAGCGAGUACCAGUUCGGCCUCUGCCGCGAGUGGCUCGACCGCGCCUCCUCCCCGCCCGACGACGCCAGGAAAUCGGAACAGUGCAAGUCUUGCCAGGCCCACGCGCAGUGCUCGACUUGCCUGCAGAGCAUGGGCUGCGGCUGGUGUCACUCCCACGAGAACCCCAUCAACGGGAUGUGCACCGAGGGCGACUUCACUAGAGCUCGCGUCGACUGCGCGUCCCUGCUGAACGUGACGACGUCGGACGCGGGUUGGGCGUACGCGCAGUGCCCCGAUGUGGACGAGUGCGGCCUCAAACUGCACGACUGUCACGAGAACGCAGUCUGCAACAACACGCACGGCUCGUUCACGUGUAAAUGUAAACAAGGGUACAUAGGAGACGGGAAGAAAAAUUGUGCCCGAACUUGCUACAAUAACUGUAUCCACGGGUUUUGUAAAGGCCCGCCCACGUAUCAGUGCGCUUGUGAUUUAGGAUGGACUGGAGCCGAUUGUUCUAUCAAUUGCGGGUGCCAUAACCAUUCAACGUGUAAAACGGGCGUCGGACGUUGUGAUGAAUGUCAGGACUGGACCGAGGGCGAGUUUUGCGAAUCUUGCAAGCCCGGCAGCCACGGCAACGCAACCACGAGCCAGGGCUGCCGACGCUGCGACUGCAACGACCACGGCGAUGAGGCGAGGGGCAUCUGUGACGUCGCCACCGGAGAGUGUAUCUGUAAAGACAAUACGGAAGGACAGAACUGUGAGAGGUGCAAGUCUAAAUUUUAUGGUGACCCACGACAUGGAGGGCGAUGCUAUUAUCAAUGUGAACCUAGAGGCAUGUUGAACGCAUCACAGAUCGAAGGCAUCGGUUCCCAUAAAAUAGAUACCAGAAUUAAAAAUAUUGGUCCUUCCAGAGAAUGUCUGUGGAUAAUUUCGGCCGAAAAUAUUAGUAAUGCCAUAAUUCAGUUUAGUAUAAACUCAUCUACUUUUGAUGUGCCAUGUGAUGAAAAUGCCGUAUACGUAUAUGACGGGCUCGGAGGAGUUCCCGACAUGAGUAACAAUCAGCAAAGCCAACUUUUAGGUGUAUUUUGCGAUUCUGCUUCUUCUGGAGUUGUAGAAGCGAGAAGUGGAAAUUUAACUGUACAUUACAAACAGGGACGGGCUGAUCAGGGUUUCGAAGGGGUAUAUAAAGUAUGGGCUUGUGAUGAUUUUUGUCCUCCACCGAGGCUUUGCAACAAGAAUCAAUGUGUCUGUAAAGAAGGUUUUGGCGGACCGGACUGUGACGUAGAAAUUUGCAGAAACAAUUGUAGCUUGAGUAUCAGCGCUGGUGUGUGCGACUUGAGCUACGGCCGCUGUCUCUGUAAUGAUGGCUAUGGUGGCGAAGACUGCUCUAUAAAACUCGAUAAGACUCAAUUGAUUUUCACAGAACUUUUCAACUCAGAGUUUCUGUCGGACGGUCUAGACCACCUAAGGAAGACAUUGCCCAGGUUUGGCCACAGUCUGGUGGCGGACAGACGAGGGCUUUGGAUGUUCGGUGGAUAUUCUCUUUCUCACGGUCCACUGAAUGAUAUACGAUUUUUCGAUACAAAAAAUAAUACAUGGAUGCAGGUUACUGUAGAAGCGACGCCCGAUGCUAAAAUGCCCGAAGGACGUUAUUUUCACGCCGCUGAAAUUUAUCAUUCAAAACAAAAUAUUUACAUAUAUGGUGGGCUUAGUCUACAAGAAAAAAGUAUGGCAAACAAAACUCUAGGAGACUUUUGGCAGUUCAGUUUAAAAGAUCAGAGGUGGGGCAAUAUCAAGACUAAAGAUGAACAUCCUACCCCGCUCGCCGGACACACGUUAACUUUGCAAAAAUAUCAAGAUUACGAAAGUUUGGUCCUAAUCGGAGGAUUUUCUUUGGAACAAGGCUUCAUGGCUGACAUGUGGGAAUUCGAUUUAGAUAACGAGAAAUGGAUUAAAUUGAACUGUAUUGGUCCCAAGCCGGCUGGAAUCAUUGGACACAGCACGGUGUAUCACGGUCCUUCGCAAAGUUUGUACAUAUAUGGUGGCAUUAUUUAUGAAUACGAUGGUACUAGAAUGUCUAAUAAACUGUUUUCUUUCCACUAUCCAAGUAAAAAGUGGAGUGAAUUGCCCUCUUUUAUGAGUUACGCUCAUUUCGCAAACAGUAACGACAAGGUGCCGCAAGCCGCGUACUUGCAUUCUGCAGUGACCACAAAUGACUACAUGGUCGUGUUUGGAGGCCGGACUGAUGCGGAGCAUCGAACAGAUACUCUCAUUGCUUAUAUCUACAGCUGCAAUCAAUGGGUCCGGCUUGUUAAAGGUGUGAGUAUAGUGGGCCACCCGCCGCCUCCGACGAUAGCCCACGCAAUGGCGAUCGACGUGGAGUCUGAAAAUGACGGGUACAUUUACAUAAUAGGCGGCUGGACGGGCAGCGCCCACUGCCAAGUCACCAGGAUAUCGUUACCCGAAGAUCUGUGCUCUCUUUGGAGCGCCAGCAAAAUGGAUUGCCGCAGUCACAUGGGCUGCAGUUUCUGUAGUACGGGGAAUUAUACUAAAUGUUUCGCCGUCGACAAACCUGGAUGUGAAGGGAGCGAAAGGGUUUCUACCAACGCGGGCUCUGCGUGUGAUGCGGAUAUGGUCGGCAGGCGGCAAUGUGAGAACUUUACGUCAUGCUCUUCGUGCCUGGCGGCGUGGCCGCUCUACCCGGAGGAGAAACCUGCUUGUCGAUGGUGUGAAUCCUGCGCAGCUGCUGUUGGGGAAUGUGUUUCUACUGACGAGUCUUGUACAAGUAUCAAAUGCAAUGCCGGUACAAGCUAUAUUAGUGACAUAGACCAAUGUCCCGAGCUGAAGUGCGUUGCGUCCGACUGUGAAAAAUGUGUAUCUAAUCAAUGCACUUGGACGAGGCUAGCUGUUAGAGAAGGUCAAUCCUUAAGAAUGUGGGAGGAGCCUUGGGAGAAGUUCGAUUGGACGUGCACAUUGAUCGAGGAGCCUACUCUCCGCCCUAUGAUAAAAGAGGAAUGCCCCACCAAGUGCCAUACGUUUGACGAUUGCCAGACCUGUCUGAGUUCCGAGGGUGCGGAGGGGGGCUUUGCUGAAUGCCAUUGGGCGACAUAUCUAGGGAAGUGUAUAUCUCCGGCGUACCAACCGGUGUAUUGUGCGGGAGGUGUGUGCGGGCUCGUGUUAACUAAAGCGGAUAAGAACAAGUGCCCCGCCCCAUGCGCCACUUUCGAACAGUGCAGCGAGUGUUUGCAUCACUCGCAUUGCGGCUGGUGCGCGAUAGAGGGCGCCAACGGCGAAGGAGUUUGUACUGAAGGUUCGAUCGAGACUCCCCUGGACUACUCCACGCGGACCACCUGUGCGGCGGUCUAUCAAAACGUCAAUCAGAACAAUAGCACUAACGACACAUUUUCUUGGCACUACACUCGAUGUCCGCCUGAGAAUGAAUGCGAGAACAAUCAUCACCAGUGUAAAGCAGAGUCAGAGGUGUGCCGCGACCUGCCGGAGGGUUACGAGUGCGCUUGCGGCCCGGGGCACAAGCGGGCGCCGAGCGGCAAGUGCGCGGCCGUGUGCUCGCAGGGCUGCGUGCGCGGCGUCUGCGUGCAGCCCGACGUCUGCCGCUGCGACUUCGGCUACGUCGGCGCCAACUGCACCAUACAGUGUCAGUGCAACGGACACUCCCAUUGCGAAGGGCCCGACAAGCUGGACAAGUGUAUCGAGUGCCACAAUAACACCAUGGGCAACCAAUGUGAGAAAUGUAAGCCCAACUUCGUCGGCGACCCCACCAACAACGGCCAGUGCGUUCCUUGCCUAUCCUUCUGCCAUGGCCACACGUCUAUUUGCACGAGCGACUUGACAGAUCCUACCUCGAAGUCGAGCGACUCUUCUACUGACAUUGAUGAUAUCUACCGCGAUCCGGCAGCGGCGAAGGCAAGAUGUGUUAGAUGCGCCAACAAUACGGAUGGCCCGCGGUGUGAGAAGUGCAUUGAAGGGUACUUUAGAGGCACGGAUGACUUCCGCGAUCCAUGCAGGCCAUGUGAGUGCCACGGCCACGGCGACACUUGCGACCCGGUGACGGGCGAGAAGUGCAACUGCGGCAACAACACGGAGAGCGACGUCUCUUGCCAGACGACCAGCUCCAGCAAGAAUUCUGCGCAGGAGUGCUGGCGUUACCAGUGCGUCAAGUGCAGGGACUUGUACAUGGGAGACCCAAGGAAUGGACACCAAUGCUACAAGACUAUUAAUAUCGAGAACAAGCUGUGCUUCGAUGGCAAGUCUAUAGAUGAAUGUAAGAUAAAGCCUCGCCCUCUGUACCCCGGGCAGACAGUGUUUGUAGCAGUGAACCCGCGCUAUAUGAACGUGGACAUAAGAGUUAUAGUUGACGUCACGCAGGGCGCCGUCGACCUCUACCUGAGCCCCAACGAUAGCUCCUUCGUAGUGCAAGUGAACUCCAGCAACGGGGCCCAUGCGGUGGAGCUGGACCCUGUGUACAGCAAGCAUGAGCCUUUUAAGAAAAUGCCGUCCUUCGACGAUCACGUGCCCGACCAGCCACGUAUCACUUGGUGGCACGAUAAGGUCGAAUAUACGCUGGCAGAUUAUUCGGCGAAGGAUUUAGCAACAUACGUGACUGUUGACAGACGGAAUAUUCUACUGCGCGUGCGAAACCUGCGCAACCGACUGGUGCUCACUCUGCCGGAGAGCGUGCACGAUUUGACGCACACUAAAUUCUACGUCAUAAUAAAGGCGCGACAUACUGAGGACGGCGCGGCGAGCUUCGGCGUCACGUUUUUCAGGCAGGAUCAGCUGCACAUCGACCUGUUCGUGUUCUUCUCCGUGUUUUUCUCCUGCUUCUUCUUGUUCCUGGCCGCGUGUGUGGUGGCCUGGAAAGCCAAGCAAGCGGCCGAUGUUAGGCGCGCAAGGAGAAGACAUGUAGUCGAGAUGUUGCAUAUGGCGAAGCGUCCGUUCGCGGCGGUGACGGUGGUGAUGAGCGGCAGUGGGCCCUCUCUGGCGGGGGCAGGGGGGCGCCGCCGUCGGGCUGCAGAACUGCGCCCCGUCGCCAUAGAGCCCACGGGCGACGCCCGCGCGGCCGUCACCACUGUGCUCGUCAGAUUGCCGGGCGGAGUGCGAGCGCCGGUGCGGCUGGCGCUGGCGUCGUCGCUGGUGCUGGUGUCGCGUGCGCCGGCGCAGCGCGCGCGCGCUCGCCCGCCGCGCGCCGCGAGACACCCGCCCUCCGCGCGCAUCGCCCUCAACACAUAACUCGUCUGUCUCUACUCGCUCAUGCUGGCCACACCAACGAGAAAUGCGUUAAAUAUGGUUUGGAUAAUGGGCAUUUAACGUAAUUGUAGCCACAAUGAGCGUUUAAGACAUCCACCUGUGAAUCGAAAGGUCUCAGGUUCGAAUACUACUCGUACCAACAUGAGUGCUAUACCAAUCUAACCCAUGUAUAGUAAUUUUCAUUGACCACCACUUGCUUCCGUUGAAGAAAAACAUCGUGAGGAAACCUACACACUGGUUGA